AUGGUCAAGCGAUCACGCGAGUCAUCGAUUCUCUCGAUUGAAAGCGACGAGCAAAGUCCAGUCACACCAAGCUCUGAAUCUCACCCUCCUGCGAAGGUUGCAGCCGCUAUGGUCGAUGCUCCGGCGGCGAAGGCUGUUAUGCUGUGUUCCUUACCGCCUCACCGGGAUACCCUUGAUUUCGCUUCUAUUGAGGACUUCGAGAUCCACUAUGUCAAAGACCAUUCGAACCGGUGUACUUCAUGCAGCAAAAACUUCCCUACAGCGCAUUUUCUAGCCUUGCACAUUGACGAAAACCACAAUCCAAUCCGAGAGGCAUUGCAGGCCAAAGGUGAGAAGACGUAUGGCUGCUUCGUCGAGGGCUGUGACAAGAAAUGUUCCACCCCACAGAAAAGGCGCCUCCAUCUAAUUGACAAGCACUUGUUUCCCAAGAUGUACAACUUCCGCAUUGUCGAUACCGGCGUUGACCAGUCGACCUCCAUGCUGCGCGAGGAUCGCCGCAGGAGAGUCUCGACGACCGCUGAUCGGACGGCCUCAAGUGGUACCCGGAGACGGCAAUCUCAAGCAGGGAAGCAGCAGAUAUCAGCCGCUGUCCUGCCUGAUGACAAACGCCUGAAUUUCCAUCCCGAGCAGAAUGUCUCGGAUGCAGCCAUCAGAGAUCUGGAAACAUCCAUGUCCGCGUUGCGAUUCGUGCCCCCACAAAUCAGGCAGCAAAACACGCGAAAUCCAACGUGA